AUGGCUGCCAUGCCUGCUGUAGCGGGGUCCGAUGCGACCACCCCGUGGAAGAAAAACCUCUCCGCCACCAUUAUUUGCCCCGAAUGCAAGGAGGUGCCUCCCAAUUUGGAGUUCCCUGACUCCCACGAGACUGUCUGCGGCUCCUGCGGCCUGGUUUUGGCUGAUCGCGAGAUCGACAUGCAUUCCGAAUGGCGUACCUUCUCCAACGACGAUCAAAACAACGAUGACCCAUCCCGUGUCGGAGAUGCUUCGAACCCGCUGCUCAACGGUGACCAGCUUGAAACCUCGAUCGCUAGUGGCGCUUCGGGCCGUGCUCGCGACCUCUACCGUGCUCAGAACAAGCAGUCUAGCGAGAAGGCGAACAAGCAGCUUCUUGCGGCUUACAAGGAAAUCGGUGCCCUGUGCGAUGGCUUUAACAUCCAGACGAACGUGGCCACCACCGCCAAGUGGCUCUACAAGAUCGUGGACGACGCCAAGGCAUUCAAGGGCAAGUCCCAGGACGUGAUCAUCGCGGGCUGCAUCUUCAUUGCAUGCCGCAAAUGCAAAGUGCCUCGCACAUUCACCGAGAUCUUCGCCAUGACCAAAGUUACCCGAAAGGAGAUUGGCCGUAUCUACAAGCAGCUGGAGAAGUUCUUCCAGCAACAAAACAUCGACCGCCAGGCCCAGAUCCUGUCGAUGGGUGGUGUGGUCGACCCCAACGACACCUACACCACUACCACUUCCACCAAGCCCAGCGAGCUCUGCAACCGUUUCUGCAACCUACUCGACCUGCCCUACCAGGUUACCAGUGUCUCCUCUGCGCUCUCUGACCAUGUCACCAGCAUGGGCGAUCUCGCUGGCCGUUCCCCGUUGUCCAUCGUCGCGGCGUGCAUCUACAUGGCGUCGUACCUGAUGGGUCACGGCAAGUCUGCCAAGGAAAUUUCUCAGGUGGCACAUGUUAGUGACGGAACUAUCCGCGGAGCGUACAAGCAGCUCUACGCUGAGCGCGAGCGCUUGAUUGAUCCGGAGUGGAUCAAGGAUGGCAAGGGCGACAUGUCCAAGUUGCCUGUGAGCUAA